GGCCCGCCGUUCGCAGCGGCCGCCCCUGUCCUCGCCCCUCCCCCAGCGGCGGCGGCGGCCGAGCCCGAGCCCGGCGGGGUGUGAGGGAGGGAGCGAGAGCGCGGCCCCUCCCCCUCCCUUCCCGGACCCUCCCCUCUCCCCCGCCCGCCGCCGGCCCCUCCCCCUCCCGGCCCGGGCGGCGGCGACAGCGGCGGCAGCGGCAGCAGCAGCAGGAGCAGCAGCACUAUCACCAGCGGUAGCAGCGGCGGCAGCGGCAGCAGAGAACAUGGCGCCGGGGCCGCCGCCGCCGCCUCCGCCUGCCCGAGCCCCCAGGCCCGGCCCGCGCUGAGCCCGGGAAGUGCUGGCUAUUGAGAGAUGAGAAACUUUGCUGGUACAGAAGCACUAUGAGAACAGUCUGUCCUCCUGUUCGGGCUGUUUGCCUGCAUUGGUAACGACUGCUCUUCCCUUGACCAGUGGGGAAGCUGUACUAGACACUGGAAGAUACGAAUCAUCUUGAAAGUGGUUGACCCUGGCAGGAUGUGUCGACGAUGAUGAUGGCAAGGAAGCAAGAUGUCCGCAUUCCCACCUACAAUAUCAGUGUGGUGGGAUUGUCGGGGACAGAGAAGGAGAAGGGACAGUGUGGCAUUGGGAAGUCUUGCCUGUGCAAUCGUUUUGUUCGCCCCAGUGCUGAUGAGUUUCAUUUGGACCAUACCUCUGUCCUCAGCACCAGUGACUUUGGUGGGAGGGUUGUCAAUAAUGACCACUUCUUGUACUGGGGAGAAGUGGGGCGCUCCCUGGAGGACUGUGUGGAAUGUAAGAUUCACAUUGUGGAGCAGACUGAAUUUAUUGAUGACCAGACUUUCCAGCCUCACCGGAGCACUGCCCUGCAGCCUUACAUCAAAAGAGCUGCAGCCACCAAACUUGCAUCAGCAGAGAAGCUCAUGUAUUUUUGCACUGACCAGCUGGGGCUGGAACAGGACUUUGAACAGAAACAAAUGCCAGAAGGAAAGCUGCUGAUCGAUGGCUUUCUUCUCUGCAUCGAUGUGAGCCGGGGCAUGAACAGGAAUUUUGAUGAUCAGCUCAAGUUUGUUUCCAACCUUUAUAAUCAACUGGCCAAGACAAAAAAGCCUAUAGUGGUGGUUCUGACAAAGUGUGAUGAGGGAGUAGAGCGGUACAUUCGAGAUGCACAUACUUUUGCCUUAAGCAAAAAGAAUCUCCAGGUUGUGGAGACUUCAGCUCGAUCUAAUGUGAAUGUGGACUUGGCUUUUAGCACUUUAGUGCAGCUCAUUGAUAAAAGUCGGGGGAAAAUGAAAAUCAUCCCUUACUUCGAGGCUCUGAAGCAGCAGAGCCAGCAAAUAGCAACCGCAAAAGACAAGUAUGAAUGGCUAGUGAGCCGCAUCGUGAAGAGCCACAAUGAGAAUUGGCCGGGCGUCAGCCGAAAGAUGCAAUCUUCUCCCGAGUACCAGGACUAUGUCUACCUCGAGGGCACACAGAAAGCCAAGAAACUCUUCCUACAGCACACCCACCGUCUCAAGCAUGAACACAUUGAGCGGCGCAGAAAGCUGUAUCUUGCAGCUCUCCCGCUGGCUUUUGAAGCUCUCCUCCCCAACCUUGAUGAGAUUGACCAUUUGAGUUGCAUCAAAGCUGAAAAACUAUUGGAAACCAAGCCAGAAUUCCUAAAGUGGUUUGUUGUGCUUGAAGAAACACCUUGGGAUACCACCAGCCACAUUGACAACAUGGAAAACGAACGGAUACCUUUUGAUUUAAUGGAGACUCUGGCUGCUGAGCAGCUGUAUGAGGCCCAUUUAGAGAAGCUAAGAAAUGAGAGGAAAAGAGCCGAGAUGCGAAGGGCUUUCAAAGAAAAUCUAGAGACGUCUCCUUUCAUAACUCCUGGGAAGCCUUGGGAAGAGGCUCGUAGUUUUAUCAUGAAUGAAGAUUUUUACCAGUGGCUGGAAGAAUCUGUAUAUAUGGAUAUCUACAGCAAACACCAAAAACAGAUUAUAGACAAAGCCAAGGAAGAAUUUCAGGAACUACUUCUAGAAUAUUCUGAGUUGUUCUAUGAACUAGAACUUGAUGCUAAACCUAGUAAGGAAAAGAUGGGUGUCAUUCAAGAUGUAUUGGGUGAAGAGCAGCGAUUUAAAGCAUUGCAGAAGCUACAAGCAGAGCGGGAUGCUCUCAUCUUAAAGCAUAUUCAUUUUGUGUAUCACCCAACCAAGGAGACCUGUCCCAGCUGCCCGAUGUGUGUAGACUCCAAAAUUGAACACUUGAUUAGUUCUCGGUUCAUCAGACCUUCUGAUCGCAAUCAGAAAAACUCACUUUCCGAUCCUAACAUAGAUCGUAUCAAUCUGGUUAUUCUUGGCAAGGAUGGUCUUGCUAGAGAAUUGGCGAAUGAGAUUCGAGCUCUGUGUACAAAUGAUGACAAGUAUGUGAUAGAUGGCAAAAUGUAUGAACUUUCUCUGAGGCCAAUUGAGGGUAACGUCAGACUUCCUGUAAAUUCUUUCCAGACGCCAACCUUUCAGCCCCAUGGUUGUCUCUGCCUUUAUAAUUCAAAGGAGUCUCUCUCUUAUGUUGUAGAAAGUAUUGAAAAAAGUAGAGAGUCAACACUUGGCCGUAGGGACAAUCAUUUGGUCCAUCUUCCUUUGACACUAAUAUUAGUUAACAAGCGAGGAGACACUAGUGGUGAAACACUGCAUAGCUUAAUACAACAAGGUCAACAGAUUGCCAGCAAGCUGCAGUGCGUCUUUCUGGAUCCAGCUUCUGCUGGCAUCGGUUAUGGGCGCAAUAUCAAUGAGAAGCAAAUUAGUCAAGUUUUGAAAGGACUUUUGGACUCAAAGCGUAACUUAAAUCUUGUCAGUUCAACAGCUAGCAUCAAAGAUUUGGCUGACAUCGAUCUACGGAUUGUAAUGUGUCUAAUGUGUGGAGAUCCAUUUAAUACAGAUGACAUUCUUUAUCCUGUUCUCCAGUCCCAAACGUGUAAGCCUUCUCAGGGCGGCAGCAACAACUCGGUUUUACUUGAAUUACCAAUAAUAGGACCCCACAAGAAGCGCAUCGAAUUGUCAAUUCUUUCAUACCAUUCCUCAUUUAGCAUUAGGAAAAGCCGAUUGGUUCAUGGGUACAUAGUUUUUUAUUCAGCCAAACGGAAGGCCUCCUUGGCUAUGUUACGUGCCUUUCUUUGUGAAGUGCAGGACAUCAUUCCUAUUCAGCUUGUAGCUCUCACUGACUGCACAACCGAUGUUCUGGACAAUGACCUGAGCCGAGAACAGUUGACCGAAGGAGAGGAGAUAGCCCAAGAGAUUGACGGAAGAUUCACUAAUAUCCCCUGUAGCCAGCCUCAGCAUAAACUGGAGAUCUUUCAUCCAUUUUUCAAAGAUGUGGUAGAGAAGAAGAACAUCAUUGAGGCUACCCAUAUGUAUGAUAAUGUUGCUGAAGCCUGUAGUACUACUGAAGAAGUCUUUAUCCCCCGUGCUAGCUCCCCUCUCUGCAACUCCAAUCUUCCUGACUCUGAAGAAGACAUUGAACCCUCAUCCUAUAGUCUCUUCCGAGAAGAUACAUCCUUGCCCUCCUUGUCCAAAGAUCAUUCUAAGUUUUCCAUGGAGCUAGAGGGAAAUGAUGGUCUGCCUUUCUUUUCGAAUUUUGAGAGUAAGCUCAACAACAAAGUACCUCCACCAGUGAAACCAAAGCCUCCUCUCUAUGAUAAAGGGGAUCUGUCUUAUCUGGACCAAGGGCAUAAGGAUGCCCAGAGGAAGUCAGUGUCUUCUAGCAGCUGGCUCCCUGCUGAUGGGUUUGAUCCUUCAGAUUAUGCAGAGCCGAUGGAUGCUGUGGUCAAGCCACGCAAUGAGGAGGAAAAUAUCUACUCUGUGCCACAUGACAGUACCCAAGGUAAAAUCAUCACCAUCCGGAACAUCAACAAGGCCCAGUCCAAUGGAAGCGCCAACGGCUCUGACAGCGAAAUGGAUACCAGCUCUUUGGAGCGAGGGCGCAAAAUGUCUAUGGUGAGCAAACCCGUAUUGUACAGGACGCGGUGCACACGCCUCGGGCGCUUUGCCAGCUACAGGACCAGCUUCAGUGUGGGCAGUGAUGACGAGCUGGGGCCCAUCCGGAAAAAAGAGGAGGACCAAGCCUCCCAGGGAUACAAAGGGGACAAUUCCGUGAUCCCUUAUGAAACAGAUGAAGACCCAAGGAGGCGGAACAUUCUGCGCAGUCUCCGAAGGAACACUAAGAAACCAAAGCCUAAACCCCGGCCAUCUAUCACUAAGACGACGUGGGAGAGUAACUAUUUUGGGGUGCCUUUAAACACCGUAGUAACUCCAGAGAAGCCUAUUCCCAUUUUUAUUGAGAGAUGCAUUGAAUACAUUGAAGCAACAGGGCUGAGUACGGAAGGCAUCUACAGAGUGAGCGGAAAUAAAUCUGAGAUGGAGAGCCUUCAGAGGCAGUUUGAUCAAGACCACAACCUGGAUCUGGCUGAGAAAGACUUCACCGUGAACACUGUGGCAGGUGCCAUGAAGAGCUUCUUUUCCGAGCUGCCGGACCCCCUGGUACCCUACAGCAUGCAGAACGACCUAGUGGAGGCCCACAAAAUCAACGACCGGGAGCAGAAGUUACACGCUCUGAAGGAGGUGUUAAAGAAAUUCCCGAAGGAGAACCAUGAAGUCUUCAAAUAUGUCAUCUCUCACCUGAACAAGGUCAGUCACAACAACAAGGUGAAUCUCAUGACAAGUGAGAACUUGUCCAUCUGCUUCUGGCCCACCUUGAUGAGACCGGACUUUAGCACCAUGGACGCCCUCACGGCCACACGGACCUAUCAGACAAUCAUUGAACUCUUCAUCCAGCAGUGCCCCUUCUUUUUCUACAAUCGACCCAUCGGCGAGCCUGCCGGGGCCAUGCCCAGCUCCCCCUCCUCGGUGGCUCCCGCCCUCCCCUUCCUCACCUCCACCCCUGUCCUGAGUCAGCCAUCCCCCCCCCAGUCGCCUCCUCCCACGCCUCAGUCCCCCCUACAGCCCCCCCUCCCGCCCCAGCUUCAGGCGGAGCACACCCUGUAGAGAGCCGGCUGCGGGGGGACAUCGAUCCGGGCUGGAGGAGCCUUGGGCGUCGAGGAGAACCGAGGCUCGGCCUCCAGGGAGGAUGGGGCGACUUCUCCCCUCUCCCCAUCUCACCGACCUCAGCCAGGAGGGCAGCGUGCUGGGCAGGGGCCGGACUGACCUUUGACACCACGCUGACUUUGGCUCAGAGGGACCCCCGGCAGUAGUCGGUGCCGAUGGGCUGUCUGCGAGCCGCUUUUUGGGUCGCUCGGCCUGACCGCUUGUACAGAACUCUGGGCUCGUCCCUGAGCAAAGCCUGAGACCCUGGAGAGCAAUUCCUUUCUCCCUUUUUUCUCCCCAACUCCAUGUCCUUUCCUGUGCUGUAAGGAAGUGUGGUCUUGCCAGAACUCCGGGGUUCUGAAGGCAAGAGCUCGGCCGGUCCGGACAAAGGGCAGAGAAACGGCCACGCGGAUCUGACUUCACUAGGUCCUAGUCCGUGGUAGCGACCCGCCUUUGGAACAAAGAACACUGGAAAUGAAUUUUUUAAGACACCAGGGAAAAAACACAGAGAGACCUCGACUUUGGGUUCCACAGCUCCCAAGGGCAUGGAGACUACAGGGGCCCCUGCCUCGGGCCCACGGUGCCAGCGCCCUAGCUGGGACCUCGGCGCCGAGCAGCCCCAUCGGGCCUGGGCCGGACUCGCUCCUCUGAUGCCAUGUGUGCAUGGGAGGUGGGGGAGGGGACCCCCAAACACUACAGUGGAGAUGGGCUGCUCUGGCCUGACGCGGCCGGGGGACUCCCACCCCUCUCCCUGGGAGGUAGCACCCAGGCACCAGCCCCUCUGGCCGCGGCUCCUCGCGCCACCUUUAACACUAAUGGCCUGGUGCCAGCUCAUGGUGGAAGCCUGGGGCUCAGGAUGUCGCGAAGCACCCCAGCCUCCUCUCGGGGCGCCCUGAGCACGCUGGCCCUGGGUAAGAAGUCCCUGGGCCCCCCAGCGGCCUCCCGCACCCCCUUCCCCAGCACCAUCUAUGCGCAGGCAGGGGCGGGGUGGCCGCCAGGGCCGCAUGUUGUCUUUGCACUUUAGGAAGCCAGGAUCUGUGGCGCGGGGCGGGUAGGGUGGUCUGGGGGAGUCGGCUGCUGCAGUAACUGCCCACCCGUGGCAUACGGUGCUCAGAAGAAGCAUUUCCUAGAGUCCUGUAGCCUUAUUCCUCAAGAAAAUGGACAGGUCAGAUGGGUGGGGCGUUGUCAGCAUGGGGGGCUUUGUCUUGGGGUACUGGGGGGGGGUCGCUGCUUUGGCCCCUCCCCCACCCCUUCACUCUUCUAGGGUGGGUGGGAGGAAGGGCCUGCUAGCUCCAGUCUCUGUUCUCUCUGUGCCUUCAUCCACUGCUCUGGCACUUUUGGCCUAAGGUCUCCGUGCGGGGCCAGCUCCUCAUUGAGCUUUGAGGCAAGCGUAGUGGGGUGGGGGGCACCCCCAGGAAGAGGUGCUGGAAGCCCGGGGCCUUCCCCUCCCCCCAGGACCCCGCAGAUGUAGCUUCCCCGUGGCCUUGGGUGACAAGGUCGCAUUGUGUCAUCACGCGUCCCCAUUCCCCCUUGCCCCUUUCUCGUGCAGGGCCACGCUUGAUUGAAGGAGAGACCAGUUCCCAACAUCUCUGAAGGAGAGGAGCUGGGGGCGAGAAGGGAAGGCCAAAAAGCUCCCCUCCCAGCCCCCUGGCUCCAGGCCCCACUCUGACUGCACGUCCAAGCCCCAGCAUUCAGAAAUAACCCAAACAGAACCCAUCCCAGUGCACGGGGGUCGAACCUUCUCAACUAAGAUCCAUUCGCUCCAGCAUGUGGGGGUAGCUUUGGACAACUGUGCAAAGACUAGCCAGGGUUUGGGGUUUCCCUAGCACCAGGGAAGCCAUGGGGUUGGGGGAUCAAGGCCAGGCCCACCUUUAGUGCUUUAUGAUCCCAAUCUUCAACCCUUCCCAUGGCCAGGCAGACCACGCCGAGCAUCCUUGUCCCCAUUUUAGAAAUAAGGAAAUAAAAAGCCUUGGAGGAGUUAAGGGACUUUCCCAUGAUCCACCAACUUCCUGCUGAUAGAUCCAGGCCUGGAAUGCCGGUCUGAUUCAGUGCUUUGUUUUCACUCCCUAGAUUUAUAGAUGAUUAGAGGGUACCUCUAGAGGGUACCUUAGAAAUUGUCUCUCCUUUACAAAUAGGGAAACUGAGGCCCCUGAGGUUGCAGGGCUUGCCCAACUCCUGCAUGUGUGGCACUUGAUGUCCAGCAGUGGAUUCAGUGACACCCCCCCCCCCCAAACACACACACAUACAUACCCCCCUCCCUUGGGAAGCUGGGCUUGGGCGACUUAAUAGCCCCUUUGCUCUUAUCCCAUGUUGGCAUGGUGGUUCUGAACUAGACUGGUCUGUCCACUUUUCCCUUCCCUCAGAUUUGGGGUUUGGUCCCCCCAGGCCCCUGCUGCCCGUCUCUAGAACUCCCGGAAGCCAAGAUGGAGACGAUUUCAGUCUGGGGGAAUGCAAGAUCGAGAGCUGAGAGGGGCCUUGGAGGCACUGAGCCCAAGCUCCCGACUGGGUCCGUGAGGGUUCUAGGGCAGGGGGAGGAGAUUGCUCAGCAUCUGCUGGCUUUUCUUGCUCUUAACAUUCUUUAAACAGGAGAAAGUGUAGAGAUGGGCCCUCCCCCAGUGUAAUUCCAGAAUACUCUUUAAAAUCAUGUCCGAAAAGAUUGCCUUUUGUUUGAAUCGUGUGAGAAGGAUGCAGGUGGGAGGAAGUGGCUGGCGCAUCCUGCUGAUUGAGGGCCUUCCCUUCUGGUGCUUCUUACCAUCCUUUUCGUCCUCAUCCCCUCUUAGUCACAUCCGUGCUCCCUGUAGCCCAAAGGUCCCAGGUGUGAUCACUGCCUCCCCGGGUCCAUGCCCUCUCGCCACCUGCCCCCCUCAUAUUGAGCAGAGAUGUUUCCCAUUCAAUGUAGUCAAGACGGCCUAAGUUAUUGUUUUCCGUAAAGAAAAGAUCUUCAAACUUCCCUGUGUACAUUUAAAAAAAAAAAAAAAAAACCUGUCUCAAGAUUGUAUGGGAAUAAAACUCGUUUGAAUCUUUGGAA